GGUACAUAAGCUUGCUCUUGCGGUCUCUCUCUCACGACAACGCAAGCAAGCAAGCAAGAACGCCCGCUCCCCCACCAUGUGCCAGAACCACGGAUCCAACGGCACCCCGGCCAACGGCGCCAGCCAUGUCGCCAACCCCACCUUCUACGAGGCCCAGUACGACCCCUCCAAGAUCCUCAAGCACGCCGACUUCAAGAUCCUCCAGACUGGCGACGCUGCCCUCGACGACCCCAAGGCGAACAUUGCCUGCGCGUACACCCCCGCCCAUGAGGUGCUCAUGAUCAACAAGCCUGUGCCGGUUGCGCGCAAGGGCGAGGCGAUCGUGCACGUCAAGGCGACGGGUAUUUGUGGCUCCGAUGUCCACUUCUGGAAGCACGGCCACAUCGGCCCCAUGGUAGUAACCGACGUCAACGGCGCGGGCCACGAGUCGGCGGGCGAGGUCAUCGCGAUCGGCGAGGGCGUGACCAACGUCGCUGUCGGUGACCGCGUCGCGAUCGAGGCCGGCGUGCCCUGCGGCCAGGCCGACUGCUACGAGUGCCGUAUCGGGCGGUACAAUGCGUGCCCGCGCGUCGUCUUCUUCUCCACGCCGCCCUACCACGGCACGUUGACGCGGUACCACGCCCACCCGGCCGCAUGGCUGCACAAGCUGCCCGACAACGUCAGCUUCGAGGAGGGCAGCGUGUGCGAGCCGCUCGCUGUCGCGCUGGCGGGCAUUGACCGCGCCGGCCUGCGCCUCGGCGACGAGGUGCUCAUCUGCGGUGCUGGCCCCAUCGGCCUGGUUUCGCUCCUUGCUGCGCGCGCGGCGGGCGCCGCACCAAUCGUCAUCACCGACCUCUUCCAGUCUCGUCUCGACUUUGCGAAAACCCUCGUGCCCAACGUGCGCACGGUCAAGAUUGAGCGUGGCUGGACGCCCGAGGAGACAGCGGCCAAGAUCAAGGCCGCGGCCGCGACCCCCGGCGGCGCAGGCGUCAACGAGGGCGGCCUGCGCCUCGCGCUCGAGUGCACGGGUGUCGAGAGCUCGAUCCGCACCGCCAUCCACAGCAUGCGUUUCGGCGGCAAGGUCUUCGUCAUCGGCGUCGGCGGCGACGAGCAGUCGUACCCCUUCGGCCUGGUCGGCGCGCGUGAAAUCGACCUCCAGUACCAGUACCGCUAUGCCGAGCAGUACCCCAAGGCCAUCCGCCUCGUGUCCGAGGGCCUCAUCGACCUCAAGCCGCUUGUGACGCACCGCUUCCCGCUCAACAAGGCCGUCGAGGCGUUCCAGGUCGCUGCGGACCCGACGCAGGGCGCCAUCAAGGUUCAGAUUCAGGAUUAG